CCAAAGCCAUGGCUCCCGAAGCAAGCCCAGAGAGAAGCUGCUCCCUCCACACCUGUCCCCUUGAAGACCCGACAGGUGCUCCCGUACCGGAGCCAGCCGUUCCCACCCUCCAGGCUGGAGACCCGACUAGUCCGUUAACAGCGGGCCAUUUUGCCUUUCCUCGAGCACCUCAAGACUACCAAGAAGGCAGUUCAUUACUAGGAUUGGGAGAUCAAGCAUCUUUAUGUGGCCAUGUCUCCAACCUCAGCACUUCCAUAGACCCCUCACAGCAUGACGGGGUCUGGAAGCCUCCUUCUGUGCAGCACCAUGUGGUCAGUGUCAGGCAGGAACGCACUUUCCGGAUGCCAAAGAGCUAUUCCCAGCUGAUUGCUGAGUGGCCAAUGGCUGUGCUGCUGCUGUGUCUGGCCUUCAUCUUCUUCUGUACCUUAGCUGGGCUGUUGGGAAGCCCUCCACUUGACUUUUCUGAGCCUUUACUGGGUUUUGAGCCUCGAGACACAGAGAUCGCCAGAAAGCUAGAAGUCUGGAAAGCAAUGCAGGCCCUCACUGGCCCCAAGAAUCUGUUUUCUCUUUCCCCAGACCCUGAGAUGAACAGCUCAAACCUCCUCAGCACUCUGAGCCCUGCAGCCUGGGGCAGGGCCGAGGAGAGCGUGGUCCGGACCAAGAGGAUGGUGGAGCCCGUAAAAGACAAAGAAGAGGAGAACUUCUUUUGUGGUCCUCCUGAGAAAAGCCAUGCAAAGCUGGUGUUUGUGUCCACCUCUGGGGGAAGCCUGUGGAACCUGCAAGCCGUCCAUUCCAUGUGUCGUAUAGAACAGGAGCAGAUCCGCUCCCACAUCAGCUUUGGGGCUCUGUGCCAGCGAUCAGCAGCCAAUGAGUGCUGCCCCAGCUGGUCCCUGGGCAACUAUCUGGCUGUGCUGUCCAACCGAUCCUCCUGCCAAGAUACGACCCAAGCUGAUGCAGACCGCACCCUGGCCCUGCUUCGGUUCUGUGCCACCUACUACCACCGCGGUGUCCUGGUGCCUGCUUGUGUGGGGUCUGGGCAGGAUAAGCCCCUGUACUGUGCCCAGGUUCCCACCAAGUGUACCUGGAGUAGUGCUAUCUACCAACUCCUGCACUUUCUGCUAGACAGAGACUUUCUGAGUCCCCAGACUGUGGAUUACCAGGUGCCCUCCCUCAAGUUCAGCCUUCUCUUCCUGCCCGUGAUAAAGACUUCCUCCCUGCUAGAUAUCUACCUGGAUGGCCUCGUUGACCCGAUUAAGGUCACUGACAACUAUACGUCUAUCAGUGGCAUGGACCUGGGCCUCAAGCCUAGACUGCUGAAGUACUAUCUGGCCGAAGACACCAUGUACCCCUUGCUAGCCCUGGUUGUCAUCUUCUUUGGCAUGUCCUUCUACGUGCGUUCACUCUUCGUCACGUUCAUGUCACUCCUGGGAGUGCUGGGCUCCCUAAUGGUGGCCUUCUUUCUUUACCAUGUUGUAUUCCGCAUGGCCUACUUCCCCUUUGUCAACCUAGCAUCCCUCCUCCUGCUUACUGGCAGCGGUGUCAAUUACACGCUCAUCUUCUUCGACCUGUGGCGCCUCAGCAGGGGCCAGGGGUCCUCCGGGGGCCUAGCGCAGCGUGUGGCCCGCACCAUGCACCAUUUUGGCUACCUGCUUCUGGUCUCAGGCCUCACAACCAGCGUGGCCUUCUACGGCAGCUACCUGAGCCGCCUGCCCACAGUGCGUUGCUUCGCUCUUUUCAUGGGCACCGCUGUGCUAGUGCACAUGGGGCUCACACUAGUCUGGCUUCCGGCCACCGUAGCGCUCCAGGAGCGCUACCUGGCACGAGGCUGUGCGUCCCAAGCGCAGGGCCAGAGGGGCACCGACCCCUUGCGGAUGUUGCUGACGUUGCACAGGCGGAUGCGCUUUUUUCGCAGGAUUUUUUCCAUCCUUUCGCGCCUGCUCUUCCAGCGCCUGCUACCCUGUGGUGUCAUUAAAUUUCGUUACAUCUGGGUCUGCUGGUUCGCGGCGUUGGCGGCAGGGGGCGCCUACAUCGGCGGCGUCAGCCCUCGCCUGCAAUUGCCCAUUCUACUACCACUUGGCGGCCAGUUCUUCCGGUCUAGCCACCCCUUUGAGCGUUUUGAUGCUGAAUACCGCCAGCAGUUCCUAUUCGAAGAUCUGCCUCCAAACGAGGGCGGCAACUUGCCAGUGGUUCUGGUGUGGGGAGUCCUGCCGGUGGAUACUAGUGAUCCCCUGGACCCUCGCACCAACAGCUCAGUAGUAAGCGAUCCUGACUUCGCACCCAGCAGCCCUGAGGCCCAGGAGUGGCUCCUGGCUCUCUGCCAUGGAGCCCGGAAUCAGAGUUUCUUUGGAGACCAGCCAGAGGGUUGGCCUACACUGUGUUUAGUGGAAACCCUCCAGCAGUGGAUGGAAAGCCCUAGCUGCGGCCGCCUGGGUUCCGAUCUGUGCUGUGGCCAGUCAGACUUCCCCUGGGCCCCCCAGCUUUACCUGCACUGCCUCAAGAUGAUGGCUCUGGAGCAAAGUCCUGAUGGCACCCGUGACCUGGGACUCCGCUUCGAUGCUCAUGGCAACCUAGCAGCUCUAGUUCUGAAGUUCCAGACCAACUUACCAUACAGUACAGAGUACGGCCCAGUCCACUACUUCUACACUGAGGUCAGCCGCUGGUUAUCAACAGAGCUGGGCAAGGCCCCUCCGGGCCUCAACCAGGGCUGGUUCACCAGCACCUUGGAGCUGUACAGCUUGCAGCAUAGCCUAAGCACAGAGCCUGCUGUGGUGCUUGGUCUGGCUCUGGCGCUGGCCUUUGCCACCCUGCUGCUGGGCACCUGGAAUGUUCCCCUCAGCCUGUUCUCUGUGGCAUCUGUGGCUGGCACCGUGCUGCUCACAGUGGGCUUGCUGGUUCUCCUCGAGUGGCAACUCAACACGGCCGAGUGCCUCUUUCUCUCGGCCUCCGUGGGCCUCUCGGUAGACGUAACCGUCAACUACUGCAUCGCCUAUCACUUGUGCCCACACCCUGACCGCCUGAGCCGUGUGGCCUUCUCCUUGCGUCAGACCAGCCGCGCCAUAGCCAUGGGGACUGGAGUGCUGUUUGCCUCCGGGGUGCUCAUGCUGCCUUCCACCAUUCUGCUGUACCGGAAGCUGGGCAUCAUCGUCAUGAUGGUCAAGUUUGUUGGCUGUGGCUUUGCCAGCUUCUUCUUCCAGUCCUUGUGCUGUUUCUUCGGGCCAGAGAAGAACUGUGGGCAGAUCCUCUGGCCCUGUGCCCACCUGCCAUGGGAUACCGGGACGGAGGAGCAUGGUGAGAAGGGACGAACUGGGCCACCCGGCUUCUCUGAGCACUAUGAGUUGCAGCCCCUGGCACGGCGCCGGAGCCCCAGCUUCGACACCAGCACAGCCACCAGCAAGCUGUCCCACCGGCCUUCCAUACUCUCUGAGGAUCUGCAGCUUCAUGAUGGCAGCUGCUGCCACGCCCACACACCCGCCCCUCCCUCCCCACGGGAUCUGCUUCUGGACCACCAGACAGUCUUCAGCCAGUGCCCCGCCCUGCAGACUUCCUCUCCCUAUAAGCAAGCCGGCCCCAACCCCCAACCCUGGAUCAGGCAGGACUCCCAGGGACAGAAAGCUGAGCCCUUGCAGGCCCUACCAGAAGCCACUGCCCAUUGCCCCAAGCCCAAAGUCGAAGAGCUCCCGGAUGGCCUCUGCUCUUCAGCCAGCACUCUGGAGGGACUCAGCGUCUCUGAUGAUACCUGCGCCUCUGAGCCCAGUGUCCGUGUGCCAGAUUCUGUGGGCACCUCACCAGAAGCCAUGAAUGGCACUGGACACCCCAUACUUGAGCGGGGCCAGCUGAACGGGAAGCGUGACACUCUGUGGCUGGCACUGAAGGAGACCAUCUAUGACCCAAACCUGCCCAACUCUCACCAUACCAGCUUAUCCUGGAAGGGCCGUGGGGGGCCAGGUGAUAUCAGCCCCGUGGUACUUCCCAACAGUCAGCCAGAUCUUCCCGAUGUUUGGCUCCGUAGGCCCAGCACCUACACCUCUGGUUACAGCAGCUGAGAGAGCCCAAGGAAGGCCAGACCAGGGUCCAGAACCCUGUUGGUGAAAACAAGGCAGAGGCCACACUAGCCUAGAGCCUGAAGGUCUUUCUCCAUAUCGACAUGAUGUCUCACCCUCCAGCUAUGGAUUCUAAACCCUGCCAGAUGUUGCAGCCUUGAUCUCUUUGCUACUUAACCCCUACAUCUGGAGGAUUCAGUGGGAGGGCCUUGCAAGGUAAUACCAGGCUCUCCCUGUGAUGAGCUGAGGGCUCAUCUGCCCCCACAGUGCCAACAAGGACCCCUCCCCUGGAAAGGGAGGAGGCCAGAUGUGCAGCUCCAGGUAUCAUGGGAGGCUAAUCAUUUGUCUCCCAGGUGGCAAGAAGUUCAUCUUUGGGAUCCUGUCGGGGUACCUCACUGACUAGAAAAGCCCUUAAGAACCUCCACAGCCUGCUGAAUCUCACCUCUCUCAUCGGCUCUUAAUCAGGACACCACUUUGCAGGGCGCUUUGCUGGAGCAGCAUUGAACCUGGACCUCUGUCCUGCACUGCCCUGUUCUACUCACACUCACCAGUGUGACUAGACGCUCUCCAAAAAGCAGGGCAGAGCCGGCUGCAGAGGGAGAAGGAGGAGGAGAUGUGAAGGCUGGCUUUGGAGUCUGUAAAUCCCAGGAUUCCCUCACCAGAAGCAGGUUCCAGAAUGCUCCCUAUUGAUGAACAAUAGUCAUCCUUUCCCGUCGCCAUGCCUGUCAGCCUCCUCGGACUCUUGCAACUCCACCACAGAGCGGCCUGUAGUUGGUCAAGACACUAAGGCAGGUUGAUUGAUUUUCCCAAAGUGCUGUCACUGGCUCAGUCUGCCACUGUAGCUCCCAGUCCCCUCCUAACUGCCUGCUUCAGAGCCAUUGGUCCCUGGCUGUCUUUAUCCUUUGCUUCUGGCACUUACCCGCUCUCCCUCUUGAGUGUCUCUCCUCCUUCCUCUUCCACCUCCCGAAAGAGCUGCAGUCUGUGCAGACCCCAGAGUUCCUCCUGUCCUCUGCACUUCCCUCUCUGAAAUCCUCUGAGAUGCCUACUCGAAAUGGAGCCCCGCAGAUAACAAGCAGCCGAUCUGUAUCUUAGGCUUCAAGGGCAUGCCUCUUCUGUGGCUAAAGAGUACAAAGAGGCUUUCCCAGAAGAGGUACUGAGGGACAGAAGAAUUUGAGCAGAAUCUAGUUAAGACAGGAACACGGACUUGCUCUUGUGUGGGGAGUUCGUGAACCUGAAGUUUCUCUAAGUCCCCCGUUUCUAAAGACUGAAUCUAUCUAGGGUGUUAAGGAGACUCAAAGACCAAAGCCUGGCUUUCCUCACCAAAAGCGAAGGUCCUGUCCUGAGGCUUAUCCCACGUGACACAGCUCACGACACUAGGCAGCACCAGCAAGUUGACUGAACACUUGCUUUGGAAAUAGUUUUACCGGCAAUAGAGGCGUGAUAGCACGAGCUGGCCUUUUGCCUGGGAAGCAGCCUCCAUACACAGGCAGGCAUUAGUAGGUCAGUGCUAUUGCUGAGCUCGGGUACCCAGGAUGAGAUGACCAGGAAAAUCUUCUGGAAAGAAACGGCUUGAGCAGCUUCAGAAGAUCAAGCAUGUCAGACGGGGAUUGGGGGGUGAGGAGGACAUGGUGAUCCAGCAGCAAACACUGUCCCCUAAGGACCGUUCUUUCAAAGAACUCUCAUGUCUAAAAAGUAGCUGCUCCAGUGGGUGUGAGCACUGGGGGGAAAGUCAGCUCAGCUUCCCUUUCUGGUGCAGCUCUCCAGGGCCCCUAGGUUCCUGGCAGAUCCAUAAGACAUGGCAUGAAGACCACCAAUCUAGGCCAUUUCACAUGAGUAACAGAGACGUGAAAAGAAUUUUUCAGCGCCGAACAACCUGUGGUGAAGCUAGAAGCGAGCCAGAGGGCUCUUUGUUUUAUUUUGUUGUGUUCCUGUGUUACUGAGAUCUACCUCCCGCCCCAAGUAGCCCAGGACAAAUGGAGCAGAAACUCAACUGAGAACAUAAGACUGUGGAAGAGACAGAAGACAGUUGUCCCUCAGUAUCCACGGAGAGCUGGUUCCAGCACCCCUGCCCCCCCCCAGGAUACCAAAAUCUGAGGCUGCUCGAGUCCCUUGUGUAGAAUGGUGUAGUAUCUGCAUAUAAUGACGAAUAUUCUCCUGUACACUUCCAGUUGUCUCUAGAGUACUGAUAAUGCCUAAUACGAUGUAAAUGCUAUGUAAGUCCUUAGACUGUGCUGCUGUAAUAAUGACAAGAAAAAACAUGUG